CUCGGUUCUAGGAUUUAGUCUCUCUUCAUCCUCUGGUAUUUCUGUUUUGGUUUGGUUGCAAGGAGACUUCAUUAAGAUCAAUGGCAGACCAAUAUGAAAAGAGGAUAACAUGGACGAUUAAGAAUUUCUCCUCUUUGCAAUCUCAUGCAAUUUAUUUUGAUAUUUUUGUAGUUGGGGACACCAAAUGGCAUCUUCUGGCCUAUCCCAAGGGAUAUGGUGAUAGCAUUAAUAAAUGUUUGUCUCUGUUUCUUGGUGUUCCUGAUCCUGAUGAUUUGCCUUCUGGUUGGAAAAGACACAUCAUAUAUCGUCUUACUGUUGUUAAUCAAAUGUCGGAGAAACUCUCCAAACAGGAAGUAGCACGGGGCGGGUUUUACCCGAGGUCUCUUACCUUCGGUUCCCAAGUAAUGCUUCCACUUACAGAACUUUAUGGUGGGUUUUUGGUUAGUGGCCAAGUCAAGAUUGUUGCCGAGGUUGGUGUUCUUGAAGUUGUUGGCAAGUCAGAUGUGUUAGAGGAAACUUUGUUAGUUAAUGGAGGCAUCAAUGUCAAUGGGUUUCAAGUUCUUCCUUCACAGGUAGAAUCUGUGAACAAUCUCUUCAAAAAUCACCCAGACAUUGCAUCAAACUUCCGUCUGGAAAACACUCAUCUAAGAACUACAUACUUGAAUAGCCUACUAUGCUUGACUGAGCUUCUGUGCCAGUCCCCUCAUAAACUCUCCAAUGUUGAUCUCGCCAAUGCGCACUGUACUCUAACUUGUGUGACAAAAGCCGGUUUUAAGUUGGAUUGGUUGGAAAAGAAACUGAAAGAGGUUGGUAAGACUCGGAUGCAACAACUUGAACAAAAUUUGAAGGACUUGAAGGAGAGUUUAUGCUGGAGUUCUGACGAUGAGGAUGACCUGAGUCGAUCUGUUAAGACUUAG